ACUACAGGUGACCUGUGACUAGUGACCAGUGGGCUCUGUCUGAUACUGGACACACUCACUAGUUUGGUCAGCUUAUUGGACGAAGACUAACAUUUAUCUGGCUCAAUUGUAGGGUGGAGUACUGUUACACUCCCUACAAAGCCCCCGAUCAUGUCAGAAAAUUUCCAAAGCUCACCUUUCUUUGGUGCAGAAAGGGCUCUGCAGCCUUCUCUGCCUGUGCUGAGCAACUCCACACACUCAGGAAGGGUGUGCAACCACUCCAGGGUCUCCACAACAGAUGUGAGUUCAGCAUGGCUUCUGCCAUCAGCAUCCAGCACUUCUCUCCAGCCACUCAUGGGUAAUGCCUACCUUAACCCACAUGCUGGCACAACCAUGCUGUCAGUGAUGACUGAGCAUGGCCAGAUCUCCACCUCAGCACCCUCCUAUCCAGGUGAUCUCAAUUCAGAUUUUACUGGAGGCAUGGAUGGCAGGAAAGAUGCACUCCAGGGAUUCAAUGUGACGAUCAAUGACCAGCACACUACACUCUCCUCCCUGGCUGAGACAAACCAGUGUGAUAAAAUUUUAGAUUCCAAUGCCAUACUUCCUUUGUAUCCAACACUGCCUGCCAGCAUUGUCCAGGUCACACCACCACAGAUGCCAAAUCAAGGAUACAGCCUGGCACCUUCCUACCAGGAGAAUAGCCAUGUCUAUUACUAUGAGCACAACAGCAUGGGUUCUUUGAUAGUUGAAGAAUUUGGGCAGUGUUUGCCAGCCCAUGGCUCUGUGUCAUAUCCUGGGAAUCAGACCUCUGUGCUCCAACCAGAGAUGGUGAUGGUGCUAAAGGAGAUUCAGCCAAGGAAUGUCCAGAUACCACUCUUUACCUCUGCCUUCUCCUAUUCCACAUCUGCUCAAUCCAUGCCAUACAACCGCCUUCCAGUAGUUCAAAUGGAGACAUCCCUGGGAUUGCCACCUUCAGGUCAGACACACUGUCAGUUGCAGAGUCCAGAACUCUGCAACACCUGUGCUCAGGUUUCCCAGAUAAGAUCACCAGCUGUCAAUGGAAACAGGGCAUUAACAGCCCCCAUCCACAGUCCUUCAGAAUUCCUAGCCUUGCCUCCAGCUCCAAGCCUGGAAGAAACAGAGUACAAAACCAUGAAAGAGAUCAAAGAUGAGUUUUUAAAGACUCUGGAUGCCUAUGAGGGCACAAAAGAAAACCAAGACACACAAAUCAUGACUUUGGAACACUCCGACUUGCAGCAGCCUCUGCACUGCACUGAUACUGAGAGUCUAAGUCAGAAACCUGCUUCUGGUGAUGAUCAUUUGGUAGGCAUCAGCAUGGGUCCAAAAGAUCUUGGGGGACUGCAGAAUGAGAUUGGAUCCAGUUUCGACCUUAAAGAUGUCACCACACUUGAGGCAGACAUUCAACUUCCCCAACUCCUCAACACGCUCACAAAUAUAGAACAGGACCAGGCCUGUGAAAAUUGGAGCAUCUUGAGUGGCCCCCUUGACCAGGUGAUGAAGAAUAAACAUAAAUCCUCUGAGCUGCUUGAGGAAGCUCCUCCGGCCAAAAUCCAGCACCAGGACCUGGUGGAGGGAGAGUGGGCUGUGUGUGUGGCUGGGGCUAGUGACAGGGCUACUGAAACCAUGGAAAAGAACCAGAAGGGCAAAGCUCCCAAAGUGGCCCCCAGCAAGAACAGAAAAGUUAGAAAACAGGGGCAGGAAAGACCAAGUGGACCAGGAAACAUCUCUAAGAAAACGGAGGACCUUAAGCUGUCAAGGAACAGAGUCAAAGGAGAAGAGAAGCCCACCAUACCCAAGACCAAGAGGAAGAGGAAUCCACCUGAGCUCAGUCAAAACAGCUUCAAGAAGCCUAGAACCAACCUUGGCAUGCACAUGCUGGAGUCUGUGCAGGUCUUUCACCCACUGGGGAAGAAGAAUGAGAAGACAGCUGGCAUUUCCUCCUUUGGGGGUCUGCGAUCCUUCAUAAGCAACAAAGAUCCAGGCACAACCUCUGUUACUACAGCAGUGCUAAACAUUCCAUGUGAGGGCCAGGGUCCUCCCAAAAGUCCAGGUCAGAUUCAGAGAGUAGAGAGCAGUGCCAACAAAGACUGUCUAUCACCCUCCAAGUAUGAGCUGCCCCCAGCUGGGAAGGUCAGGUUAGUACCUCUGCCUUUUCCAACACUGGACAAGCCUCAAGCCAGACCUGUUUCUAGAAAGCCUCUUGCCCUCACUUUACAAAGGCCCACUACAGCUAACCCUGUGCAGCCUCACUCCCACUCAGCUCAACCUACCACACUCAGGUCAACCCAACCAGCUCCUGUCAGCACAUCUUUGGUGGCUUCUGCUAAACCAGCUCCUCCAGGCUCCUCCAGAGCCACACAACAUAAUGUAGCCAACACCAUCCAGUCUAGUGCUACAACCUCGUUGGCCUCCUCGAGGCCCACACCAUACAGAUCAUCAUCUCAUACUUCAUUUCAGAGAGAGCAAGUUUCUGCUGCCAGGAACAAGGUGCCAUCACCUCCCAAACCUCAAACUCAAUACCUGCUGCAAGACUUCAGCCGCCAACCAAUUCCAUGGAGGAAAGUUGACAUUCUGGGACCAGUUGUCUCACAGCCUAUCACAAAAGAGCAGAGGCCAGAGAGGGAGGCCAUGAAGAGGCGGGCUCAACAGGAGCGAGAGAAUGCUGUCAAGAAAACUUCUGAGAAACUGCAGCUUUUCCUUCAGAGGGAGAAGGAUAUGGAAAUUUCUCAAUAUUAUGGCUAUGUAAUGUAAGACCUGGCCAGAUCACUGUGACUAAGUCCUUUUUGACAUUGAUUGAAGAGAUAUAUUCACUGAUACAGAAGUAUAAAAGGACAGAAAACCAUAUGUAAAUAUGUAUAUACAUAGGUGCAUGUGCAGGAAUAUAGAAAACUAAGUAGAUAUGGAUGGAUAGAAGAAAACAUACCCACAUGUAUUUGAAUAGUUAGUAAAAUUGCCUAUAGAAUAUUAAGUUGGUUAUUUUAUUAUAUCUCUAAACUGUGAUGAUUUGGGUUUUAUUAUAUUCUAUAUAAAAUUAAUGAAUUAAUUAGCCAGUGGCAGGGCUGUUGAAACCAUGGCAAAGAACCAGAAGGGCAAAGCUCCCAAAGUGGCCCCCAGCAAGAACAGAAGAGUUAGAUGACAAGGGCAGAAAAGACCAAGUGGACCAGAGAACAAGUCUAAAAAAACAGAGGACCUUAAGCUGUCAAGGAACAGAAUCAAAAAGAAGAGAAGCCCACCAUCCCCAAGAAUAAGAGGAAGAGGAAUCCAUGUGAGCUCAGUCAAAACAGCUUCAAGAUGCCUCGAACCAACCUUAGCAAGCACAUGCUGGAGUCUGUGCAGGUCUUUCACUCACUGGGAAAGAAGAAUGAGAAGACAACUGGCACUUCCUCAUUUGGGGGUCUGUGAUCCUUCACCAGCAACAAAGAUCCAGGCCCAGGCUCAGUUACUACAGCAGUGCUAAACAUUCUAUGUGAGGGCCAGGGUUUUCCCAAAAGUCCAGGGAAAUACAGAGAGUAGAGAGCAGUGCAGACACACAUUGUCUAUCCUGAUCCAAUAUUGUCAUUUGAGAGGCUCUACCAGUAUCGGACUGAGACAGAUCCAAAUACUCAUAGGCAACCACUGGACUGAGGUCUGGGACCCCUGUGGAAGAGUUAGGGGAAAUGUUGAAGGAUCUGAAAGGGAUGCCAAACACAUAGGAAGACCAACAGUGUCAACUAACCUGGAGCCCUGAGAGCUCCCAGGGAUCAAGCAACCAACCAAAGAGCAUACAUGGGCUGGUCCAAGGUCCCUGGCACAAUAAUUUUCAGAAGACUGACUGCCCUUCUGAUGUCAGUAGUGGAAGAUGCGCCAAAGCUUGUAGAGACUUGAUGCUCCAGAGAAGGAUGAUGUCCCACUUUAGCAAGGAUGAUGGUAUGAGGGUACCAUCUCAGAGGGAAAGGGGAGGGUGAAUGGGGUGAAGAACUCUGAGGAAGAGGGGCAAUAUUUGGGAUGUAAAUAAAAAUAAUUAAUUAAAAACAAUGUUUUCUAGCAGCUAUCUUGAGAAGGCUGUCUGAAGAGC